UCAAACUCCGAGGCCAAAGCCCAGUCGCUGCUUGGUGUCUGAAGCGGCAGCGAGAGGCUUCCGUCUCUGGGCUGCGGAAACUACCCUGCGCAAGCCAGCGCGAGUGGCACUGAUUGAGGAAAGGAGGGACGCUUUAUUCGAAGUCUCGGCUGAGUUAAAUACCUAUUAUAAAGCAUCUUCUCCUUAUUGAAGGAAAAGGCCUGCGGAGAUGGGCGACAAGGCGGGGACCAGAGUCUUCAAGAAGUCCAGCCCCAACUGCAAGCUCACAGUAUACUUGGGGAAGAGGGACUUUGUGGAUCAUCUAGAUCACGUGGACCCUGUAGAUGGGGUGCUCUUGAUUGACCCAGAAUACCUAAAAGACAGAAAAGUUUUUGUGACCCUGACGUGUGCCUUCCGUUAUGGCCGUGAAGAUCUGGACGUGCUGGGCCUGUCUUUCCGAAAGGAUCUCUUCAUCUCCAGUUUCCAGGCCUUUCCCCCUCUGCCUGAGGAGCGCAAACCGCUCAGUCGGCUACAGGAGAGACUGCUCAAGAAGCUAGGCCAGAACGCGUACCCCUUCAACUUCACGAUUCCUCAGAACCUUCCCUGUUCAGUGACUCUACAGCCCGGGCCAGAGGACACAGGAAAGGCAUGUGGUGUUGACUUUGAAGUCAGGGCAUUUUGUGCCAAAACUGUGGAUGAGAAGACUCACAAACGGAACUCUGUGCGGUUGGUCAUUCGUAAGGUACAGUACGCUCCAGAGAAGCCUGGGCCGCAGCCAAUGGUGGAGACCACACGCAGCUUCCUUAUGUCUGACCGUUCCCUUCACCUCGAGGCCUCACUAGAUAAAGAGCUCUACUACCAUGGUGAACCUAUCAGUGUCAACGUUCAUGUCACCAACAACUCCACCAAAACAGUUAAACGAGUUAAAAUCUCUGUGCGACAGUAUGCCGAUAUCUGUUUGUUCAGCACCGCACAGUACAAAUGUCCUGUGGCUCAGGUUGAAGCCGAUGACCAGGUGUCACCCAGCUCCACGUUCUGUAAGGUGUACACACUCACCCCCACACUGAGCAAUAACAGAGAGAAGAGGGGUCUGGCUCUGGAUGGACAGCUAAAACAUGAAGACACCAACUUGGCCUCCAGCACCAUAGUGAAGGAUGUGUCCAAUAAGGAGGUCCUGGGAAUCUUGGUGUCCUACAGAGUUAAAGUCAAGCUUGUGGUGUCUCGUGGAGGUGAUGUGUCAGUGGAGCUGCCUUUUGUCUUGAUGCACCCUAAGCCCUCCGAACAGCCCAACUCUAGACCGCAGUCAGCUGUGCCAGAGACAGAUGUCCCUGUGGACGCCAACCUCAUAGAGUUUGAAACAAAUAAUUUCUCACAGGAUGAUGACUUUGUGUUUGAGGACUUUGCAAGGCUCAGGCUGAAGGGAAUGAAAGAUGAAGAGGAUGACCACUUCUGCUAACAGCCCCUCCACACACACACACACACACACACACACACACACACACACACACACACACAGACACACACGACACCAUGCGAAGGUUGUAAGGAAGGGCGACAGGGGUGGGGUGUCAACCUGCCAGUACUCUCAUACCUCUGCUCCACUGGGCCCAUCUGAUAGAGUGGAGCACUUACUGAUAUUUUCUGAGCCUUCUUUCUUUCUUUCUGUCUUUCUUUCUUUGUCUUUUGGCUCUUUUUUUCCCACCAUUUUAGCAUCUGUGAGGUGGUCUUUAAAUUGGCCUCUGUUUCUCUGGUCAUAUCAACCACUUCACUAGGGUCCUUAUUUGUUAGAAAGAUUGAGGGAAAAGGAAAGGGAGGAAAAUGACGUUAGUUGGGUCAUAUAAACAUCAAUGUAUUAUUGGUGGGCAAAGGGUCCAUUGAUUCAGGGGUGAUUCUUUAUUCCUUUCUUUCUUUACCUUUUCCUUUAUUUUUUUGUCAUCAUAUUCCCACUUAUAUAUCAAGUGGGCAUUAAUAGCUAUGUAAUUAUGGUAUAUGUUCUAUGUUAUUUCAUUGUACAGUACAUACACUGUUCACAAACACCAUAGGGAACUUGAGUUUGGUGUUAAUUUUAUUCCACUUUCCUAGACCCAUAAUCAAAUCCAUCCAUACUUGCUCAGCAGCUUUUAUGUUAUAGUUAUGUAAAAUGUAUACAUAUCAUACAAGACUACGUAGUAACACUUUUCUGUGCACUUAUAGUGCACGCAAUACUCGAAUAAUUAAGGACGUGGCAUUUUUAGUGAAACGGAGUAGUUGGCGAAGUGCAUUGGGACACAAGUGUCUGGUUUCUUAUUGUAAAUUUUAGCACCUAUUCCACAUGUUGAGUUGUAGAAUAUAUACACUGCUACAAGUCUUCAGUGCGAAAUUAGCUUUUAGAUACAACGAGAGGGCAGGGACAGGCUCUGUAUGUGCCACACACACACAAUGUAAUUCCUCAUUAUUUGUGCCUGCCAAACUUUAUUUGCCAAAAUGUGAUGAUUUAUAAUGUUGCUUGUAAGUUAAGCUCAGUUCGGUUGAAAAUCACAUGCUCAUUCUUUGUUUUAGUUGACAGAAACUGUUGAUGAUGUAACCAUUUGACUGCCAGAAAUAUUUUGAUGAUGGUUAUUUUAAAAUCGCAUUUAUAGCAUGAUUUCCAGGAAAUUUGACUUUUUAUCUUGUUCUCCCAGGAUCAGCCCUUUCCUAUGACAUUCUACAUAGUUUACUACUGAACAAUGGCAAAUUUACUUAUGUUACAAUGUGUACAAGGAAGUAACAUUUUGCAAUGAACAAAGUGGAGCUCCCGUUGAAGGACAAAAAGCUAUCUCUAAAAUAAAGGAUUGCUUUGUUUAAAGCACCCAUACA